CUCAGCGCGCUACGGCCGCUCCGCCAGUCUUCACUACGUGCGGACGCAGAGGCUGUUGCGGGGAAGUUCAGACCGACUCCAAGUUCUAACCGUACAGAGGAGUGACACGCGCCACGAGCACGGGGACAGAGAAGUGACGAGCCCCACAAGCACGGGGACAUCAUCACGCACCAGGAUGAAGUUCGGGAAGACAGUGUGCGUCCUGAACGUCGGCGGCGCGCGGUACGUCUUCUCCGGGGACGUGAUCCGGGACUUCCCGCUGAGCCGCGUGAGCCGCCUGCACAGGUGCGCGUCGGAGCGCGAGGUGCUCGAGGUGUGCGACGACUACGACCGCGAGACUAACGAGUUCUUCUUCGACCGGCACGCGGAGGCAUUCGGCUUCAUCCUGCUGUACGUGCGCCGCGGCGCUCUGCGUUUCGCGCCGCAGAUGUGCGAGCUGUCCUUCUACCACGAGAUGCGCUACUGGGGGCUCGAGACCCCCGACCUGGAGCCCUGCUGCCAGCGGCGGCUGGACGACCGCCUGACGGACACCUUCACCGCCCUCCCGGAGGAGGGGGACCUCCGGGGGCCACAGGGGCUCCCAGGAGGGCCCUCGUGCUCUCCAGCCACCGAGCCCGCCUCCCGACUCGCUCGGUGGCUGGAGAGCACGAGGAGGACCUUCGAGGAGCCUACCUCGUCUCUCGCGGCCCAGGUCCUCGCCUCGGUUUCCAUGCUGUUCGUCUUGGUCUCCAUGGUGAUGCUCUGCGCGAGCACGCUCCCGGACUGGCGCACAGAGGAGGGCAAGGUGGUGGGGGAGAACAGGGUGAUGGAGGCGGUGUGCAUCGGUUGGUUCACCGCCGAGGUCAUCAUCCGCUUCGUCGUCUCCCAGGACAAGUGUGAGUUUGCCCGGCGGCCACUGAACCUGAUUGACCUGCUGUCCGUCACGCCCUACUACGUGUCGGUCGCCGUGACGUCGCUGACGGGGGCGGACUCCCAGCUGCAGCGGGCCGGCGUGACGUUGCGAGUGCUGCGCAUCAUGAGGGUGUUCUGGCUCAUCAAGCUGGCCCGCCACUUCCUGGGGCUGCAGACGCUGGGGCUCACGCUGCGGCGAUGCUACCGCGAGAUGGUGAUGCUGCUGAUCUUCGUCUGCGUCGCCAUGGCGAUCUUCAGCGCCCUGGCCCAGCUGCUGGAGCACGGGCUGGACCGGGGAAACCCGGCCUUCGCCAGCAUCCCCGCCGCCUCCUGGUGGGUGAUCAUCUCCAUGACGACGGUGGGCUAUGGCGACAUGUACCCGGUCUCGGUGGCGGGCCGUGUGCUUGGGGGCUUGUGCGUGGUGAGCGGCAUCGUGCUGCUGGCCCUGCCCAUCACCUUCAUCUACCACAGCUUCGUCCAGUGCUACCAGGAGCUCAAGGUCCGCCACGCCCGCUGUGGGCGGAGCCUGGCCCAUGAGGGCGGAGCCUGACCGGGAGGGGCGGGGCCUCAGGACCUGAGGGGGGCGGACCCUCAGGAGCGGGGGGGGGGAGACAUGGGCUUUUGGGGGAGACAUGUGCUCCGGGGGGAGACAUGUGCUCCAGAGGGGAGACAUUGGCAUGAGGGGGGAGACAUGGGCUACUUACAACCACAUCGGCAUUGCCGUGUUCACGCUGACAAAAUGGCAGCUUUGUGAGCAAACGAGUCGCUGCAUGGUGCUUCAUCACCGCCGGGGGCACUGGCCUCGCUGGACGGGGACUCAACCGUGCGUAGUUUCAGGAGGAGAAGACGCAGCUUCAGCGGGAGUGAUGUCACGGGUCAUACCCAUGGGACAGCCCCAGGCCCCAACCCAGGGGGCCAGGGGUGGAGGGAGGCUGGGGACUGACUAAUCUGAAGAACCUGGAGAACCUGCUUCUUAAGACUAUAAACCAGGAGAGACGAGAUGUUCUGGUAGAACCAGGAGAGACGAGAUGUUCUGGUAGAACCAGACGAGACGUUCUGGUAGAACCAGGAGAGACGAGAUGUUCUGGUAGAACCAGACGAGACGUUCUGGUAGAACAUGGAUCAGGGUUUUCAGUCCGAGCAGCAGACCCAUGGUGCUCCCCCCCCUCCCCUCAUCAGAGGCGUCGGUAUAUUAACACAACAUUAAACCUGCUGAAGAAAGACCAACCUGUCAUCUCUGAUCUCACCCUUGAAACAACAGUUUUAAAACAGGAGGCUAUGAGGUGGAUAUUCUCUAUGAUGUUUUAUAUGUGAUGUAUUGUUUGGACAUUUUGCUAUUGUUGUUUCUGAUGGUUUGUAUAGUAUUGUUUGUAUCGUACUGUAUUGUUUGAAAUCUUCUACCGAUUGCCUGCAGUUGUAUUUGCCCUUGCUAAAUUACGCAAUUAACUAAAUCAUUUCAACUCAAUUAUAGACUCGACUAGAUUACCCACAUUUGUUCUAUUUUAUACACGUUUUCUUCAGGUUUAUAUGAUUAUAUUGCAGAAUCCACCGUUUUUAGAACCUCGUGCAUAAAUAAAGCAAUACUUGACUCGU